AUGAACGCUCAGGCAGAUGCUGAGGCCCUGGAAAAAGCUAUGAAGGGACUCGGCACGGACGAACAGGCCAUCAUCGACUUGCUGUCAAAACGUUCUGUUCACCAACGCCAGCAGAUCGCAGUAGCCUACAAAUCACAAUACGGAAAGGACCUCAAAGACCGUUUGCACAGCGAACUGAGUGGACAUUUCCGACAAGCCGUUCUCUAUUCCUUCUACGACAUGGCUCACGUAAACGCCAAGGCCUGCUACAAGGCCAUAAAGGGCGCCGGCACUGAUGAAAAGGUUCUCAUUGAUGUCAUCUGCACAUCCACGAAUGAGGAAAUAGAAGCCCUGAAAAAAGCCUACAUGGAUAUCCUCCUUGAGGAAAAACAAAAUGCUCUUCGAAGGAACUUGGAACUCGAUGUCAAAAACGAUACUAGCGGGGACUUUGAGAAGGUGCUGAUUGCCCUGCUGCAAGGUAAAAGAGGGGGAGAUGUGGACGAGGUUAAAAUGCGCGAGGAGUGUGAAGCUCUCUAUGCGGGCGGUGAAGCGAGAUUGGGAACUGACGAAUCCACCUUUACGCGGAUUCUUGUCACACGCAGCUGGAAGGACAUUGUUAAAAUCAAUGAGCAUUAUAAUGCGGCGGUUGGUCACGAUCUGAUUACGGCCAUUGGCAAGGAAACGUCCGGGGACUAUCGAGAUGCUCUUCAAACGAUUGUAAGGACGGCUAUCAACAGGAAUAAGGCCUAUGCUGAGGUUCUCUACAGGACUAUGAAAGGUGCUGGCACUCAUGAUGACAACCUUGUUCGAAUGAUCAUCGCGCACUCUGAGAAAACCAUGUCUAACCAAGGUACCGUUCAUCCCGCUUCGCAAAUGAACCCGCACGAUGAUGCGGCGGCCCUGGAAAAAGCCAUGAAGGGACUCGGCACGGACGAGCAGGCCAUCAUCGACCUGCUGUCAAAACGUUCUGUUCACCAACGCCAAAUGAUCGCAGAAACCUACAAAGCAAGCUACGGAAAGGAUCUCAAAGACCGUUUACAUAGCGAAUUGAGUGGACAUUUCCGACGCGCCGUUCUCUACUCCUUCUACGACAUGGCUCACGUAAAUGCCAAGGCCUGCUACAAGGCCAUGAAGGGCGCGGGCACCGAUGAACAAGUCCUCAUUGACGUCAUCUGCACAUCCACGAAUGAGGAAAUACACGCUUUGAAAGAAGCCUACAAGGAUAGUGAGUUAUCCCGUUAUACUUCUACACUAUCACUUCGGAGGAACUUGGAGCUCGAUGUCAAGAAGGAUACUAGCGGGGACUUCGAGAAGGUGCUAAUUGCUCUCCUACAGGGUCAAAGAGGAGGAGAUGUGGACGAGGGUAAAAUUCGCGAAGACUGUGAGGCGCUCUACAAGGGCGGUGAAGCGAAAUUGGGAACGGACGAAUCCACCUUUACGCGGAUUCUUGUCUCACGCAGCUGGAAAGACAUUACCAAGAUAAACGAUAUCUACAAUCAGGCGGUUGGUCACGAUCUGAUUACUGCCAUUGGCAAGGAAACGUCCGGUGACUAUCGGGAUGCUCUUCAGACGAUUGUAAAGACGGCUCUCAACAGGAAUAAGACCUAUGCUGAGAUUCUCUACAAGACCAUGAAAGGCCUCGGCACUCAUGAUGACAACCUUGUUCGAAUGAUCAUCGCCCACUCUGAGGUUGAUUUGGCCAUCAUUAGGCAUACGUUCGACAGCACAUACGAAAAAAGUCUCGAACAAAUGAUCGAAGGAGACACAUCUGGUGACUACCGCAAGUACCUCCUUGCGAUCCUGGGACAAUAA